AUGGCUUCCCUCAGAGCGGCACGUUGCGCUUUCGCACCCGGCUUGCGCCAACCUCUGGGCUUCUCAGCAGCAAGCUCGCUCUCACGCUCUGCCUCUCUCCGCCCUACUCUGAGCUCGAUGGCGCCGGUGGUGUCCCAGAGGCCGAGAGGUGUUAGAAAUCUAGCAAUGGGCGCCUACGUCGAGAGCAGCAUCCACGCGACCGGAAAUGCUCUCAUCUGGCUAAACUCCCUCCACCCUACUGGACAUUGGGGCACCACAAUCAUUUUCGCAGCCUUUGCCGUCGCCAUUGUCAGAACACCACUUCAGAUGAUCGCCAAGCAUAUCCUCAACAAACAGACCGAAAUCACACCCAUGCUCAACGCCUGGAGGUUUCAAAUUCGCUCCAGCAAUCGCUUGAAGGAAACUCUGCAAAUGGCCCGGACUCGGAAAAGAAUCCUCAAGGAUCGGGGAUACCAGGACUGGAAGGCCUGGGCCCCGGUGCUUGGAAUACCCUUCUGGUUCCUCAUGUCUGAAACCCUGAGGCGGCUCUGUGGUGCCCAUGGCGGCUGGCUGUCCUUGCUGUCGCCCAACCGCCAGAAGACCACCGUGCCCGCCACGGAUGCAGCUGCUUCUGUCUCGGAGCAGGCGUCAGCAGCUCUGUCGUCGCCUGCCGAAGCUGUUUCAAACGGCCUCCAGUCUCUCAGCUCGACCGUGGAGGCCGGUAUGGCAAAUGGCGGCAUGCUAUGGUUCACCGAUCUCACGGUGGCCGAUACCACAAUGCUCCUACCUGGGAUGCUGAUGUUGACCAUGGGCUAUACUGUUUUCCCGAAACAAGAGGAAAUGAGAAAGCUUGUUUUCGAUUUCGGAGACUUCCAGGCAUACAUGACUUCCGGCCUGAAAUGGAGAAUUCGCCUUCAAAGGGCUCUCCUCGUGUCGGCGCUAAUUGUGCCCACACUCUGUAGCAACUUGCCCGCAGGCUUGUUUGUUUACUGGAUCUCGUCCAUGGUCUUCGGUCAGGUCUCCUCCAGAGUGGUAGACAGAGUGCUUCCUAGGCCUGACACCAUCAAACCCUGCGGGAAAACAGAGCGCUUCCUCAUAGAGUCAAAACAAACCAAGUAUAGACGUGCACACGAACGUGGACGGGGCACAAAAUAG